GCUGUGCGGCGAUAUUUAGCGGCGACAGUGAGGUCAGCUGGUAGAGGGGGAGAGGCGGCAUUAGCGCUGAUAAAAACGACCGACGGGCAAAUAUUUGAUCUGUGUUCUGACUAACACACAGCGUCCAAACCAAAUACAGACAGCCCGUUCGCCCAGGCCUGUAAAAAUUAGCUCAAGCCGUCCGUGUCGAAAAGCUCGUCGAGGCUGAGAGUACCAGCAACACAGCUUCCACCUCGCCAUCCACUGCCGAGCACACAACAAAAAGUUUCAGCAGAUCGUCUCGUUCCACAGCACGCUUCUGCCAAGAGGAAACUGACAUUCUACAACUAUCGCUCAACGAUCCCGCAGACAGCCAUUUGUUCUUUGUUUUCUUCGUUAAGCCCUCGAUAAGUAGGGAGGCUAGCCGCAGACGCAACACCACACCUCCGUCACGUGUUCGUCACGCAGCGACGACUCUUGCAAAGAUGUGUGACGCAACGGACAGUGAUCCGUUGCGAGCGGUUUGUGUUCCGCUUGCUGCGAUAUCUUCGGGCGACCGCUGUUGGCAGUAUCAACUGAGCAAAGGAUGCAGUGCCCUUCAUCCAGCCGGCUGAUAACACAGUGUACUCCUGUGAAGCUUGUUUGCUCUUCAACACCACCGUUCUUGAAAAGAGAUAAAGACUGUUGAGUGCUCUUGAUGAGGAGUGCUUGCUUGAGUGUCCUAGUUUUAAGGCAUAGGGUUAUAGAUAGCCUAGUGAUGUGGUUGAGGGCCAGGCAACCUUGGAGGCUUAUCGAGGAAGGAUUGACAUUCUGCGCUUGCUCGGACUCCUGCCAUCCGUUCAGAGCGUCAGAUUCAAGAUGAGCAACGUCGCUCAAUCAACUGAGAAGUCUCUCCUGACCUUUGGCGUCUUGACUGACGUUCAGUACGCUGACUGUGAUGACAAGCCAGCCGGCUAUGACCCAUCGCUCAUUCGCUACUACAGAAAUGCCCUGAUCCAGGUGGAGCGCGCGUACGCCCACUGGAGCCGCAUGCCAGGUGUGAGCCUGGUGCUGCAGCUUGGGGACCUGAUCGACUUCCACAAUGCGGGCUGUGGGCGUGGUCUGGACCGUGUGCUGGCCACCUUGGCCAAUGAUGGCUCCCUGCCCACCUACCACACGCUGGGCAACCACGAGCUAUACAACUGCACAAGGCGCGACCUGGUACGCCGCUACGUCUGCCCACGCCUCCUGCCAAACUGGACGCCUCCCGCCACGGAUGAUCCCGUAUUCUACUACAGCUUUAGCCCCGUGCCAGGCGUCAAGCUCAUAUCUCUGGAUUGCUUUGAAGAGAGCGUGCUUGGUCGUGAUCCAUUUGAGCCGCGGUGGCAGCAGGCGGCUGAGCUGCUGACCAGGGUGCAUGGCACAUCGGACCCUCCGUCGUGGGAGUGGCCGGAUGCACUUUCGGGACUGGACAAGAGGUUUAUCGACUCCAACGGAGCACUGAGCGAGGCACAGUUACAGUGGCUGGACGCCGAGCUGGCACAGUCAGAUGCGGCAGGCGACGUGGUCAUUGUCUUUGGCCAUUUGGCUAUAUCUCCUGAAAGUGCCAACGCCGACUGCCUCCUAUGGAACUACAGGGACGUAAUGGACUUAUUCGAGGCACACUCGUGCGUGGCUCUCUACCUGUGCGGACACACGCACCGCUGCGGCUAUUCCACAGAUGCCAGCGGCACGCACUACAUGGCUCUGGCGGGAAUCAUCGAGACUGAGCCCGAGAGCGUGGCAUUCUCCACAGUCUCAGUCUUUCGCGACCGAAUAGAAGUUGUCGGCUCCGGUCGCGAGGAAAGCCGAACUCUCCCGAUCCGUUCAUCUGAACCCGUGGCCGAGGAAGACGUUGAGGAAGAACUUUCGGCUGCUCCUGCCGUUUCCUCUCCGCUCACCGUUCGAGUGGCGGUGUGAAGCCUCCGUCAGUGUACCUGUCCACAAAGUGGAGAGCCUGUGGACUUGUAUAUUGGAUUGCCUUGGCUUGCCUACUAGCAAAUUGUGAAAAGAUUUACGGGUGAGGAUGAGCGGGGCAGGGCUUUCAUUUACUGGCAACCAUGCUGUGCGUGCAAACGCUUUCACACAUGAGCUGGUGCUAGCUCCGCCUUCUUCUUCCCAGUUUAGAAUAUUUUCUGCAUUCUGGCUGCAUCAUUUCCGUUUCCAUUUCUUAUACGCAGCCAAACAUAAUCGAGCACACUUGGCCUCUACAACCUGAAUUGUUCCAUCCAAGAGUUGAGAGCUAUUUGUACAUGCGUGUAUUUUUUAUUGUACUUUCGUAAUCUUUUGUCCCCCCAAACCUCUCCCACCUUGCCUGUUUAUCUGACUAAAACCUCGCCUUUGCAGUCCUUGAGCUUCCAUGCAUUGGACCUCUUCCUAGUCUAAACGGCAUCAUAAGUGGAAAUAAAACUGGUGGCUUUUAGACUCCAAAUGGUCCGCUGCAUGCCGAUAGAUAAUCUCGGAGUCCUGCACUCACGCUUCUCUGUGGUGGCUCCACUUGCAUGUUUGUGACACCAGAUGUCACUUGUUGCGCACUUGUCGUAACGUUUUGGCCUCCACAAAUCUUGGCGCAUGUCUAGUCUACCUAACCGAAAAAGGGCCAUUGUAAAAUUUUGAAUGAUGCGAGGUAUUGCCAUUUCUGGGUUGUGUGUGUACUGGGCAAGUACUGAUCAACACCAGUGAACAGGUAAAGUUCACUCUGUACAUUCUUAUUCAUCUAUAAUUAAAUGUAGUGCAGUACAGGUCCAUCUUUCAGCAUGCCUCUGCAGUCAGUGUAAGUCGAUGUGCAGUGAACGAAAAUUGAAACAGAGUUGGAGACUAGUCACUUCUGUAGUAUGGUGAAUGAUUUCCACAUCCCUUAUUUGCUCUAGUGCACCAUGUUAAGGAUUUGUAAAGGCCUCAAAACUUGCCCUCCCUCAGAGUUUUGAGGUUUGUAUCUUACAAGGAUGCUGAUUUUAAAAAACCUUGAAAUAAGGAAUGCAUAUUUCUACUUAGAUGAUAUUUUUCAUUGGUAUUUUUUAACAAAAGUUUGAAAUUCAAGGUCGUGCUAUAUUUUUAAUAACUCUAUAUAGUAAACCAAUAGUGCUAGCUUGAAAUUUUUAUGAUGCUGGUGCAGUUGUACAUCUUUAACUACAGUAUACUAACAUAGACUUUCAUUUUAGUUUUCCUUCUUACCGUUCUUUUGAACAGUUGAGAGAAGUGCACUGUAAUUUGAGUGAUGCAGGACGUCGGCCAAUGCCUCUCUUAAAGAAGGGAACUUAAUCAGCAUGUAGAACUUCAUUGUGCAUAAAGUAUGUGUUUAAAAUGUGUGCCAAUAAGGAUGCAAGUUCCUGUGCACUAUUGCUCAUUGAGGCAAAUAGAUGCACAUUGCACAACCAAAUGUAUUUAUGCACUUUCUGCCGUAUUUGUGAUCUACACAUUUUGAGAUUUUAAACAGAUUCAUUGUCUCUGUUGUGCGUUCUAAUUGUGUUUUGGUCACUGAGUGUUUUGAUUUAGGGGCACAGUGCAAGAUUCUCCAAGUGUCAGCUUGUUGGAAACCAAGAUAGGAAUUUUGGGUCUUUGGGGUUGGCUUCACUAUACAUACGAUCGGCCGCACGAGUUUCAAGGACAAGGGAUCGGCAGUGAUGUGCGGUUCUGACUAAGAUUACAGCAUCAAAUUCAAAACUAUCACUCUACAGUACUAAUAGUUCUGUGGCAUGCACCAUCUCCUAUUUUACUAAGGAGCGGGAAUUCACGUUUUGUUAUGGAGCCCCCGUCAUUCGAACUUGUAUGGUUGUGUAACGGCUGGUAAGGUUAAAAGCCUGGUGAUGUUGUCAGAUAUGUUUAAAAAGAGGUUUUUUGUAGAUUGGCUUCGUUCUUGAAAGUAUGGGAGCAAUUCGGAUAAGUUGCCACUGUCAUUGCCAUUUACUUAGCACUACUACUACUAUUUGUAUACUGGGUUAGUUUCACGUUUUUAAAGAUAUAGUGCGUUUUGUCAUUUACCUCAUGUUUUAUGCCAAAAAUAUCGCACACAUGUGCAUGUUCACUUAGCACAAGCUGUCUCACAUGAGUGUGUAGCCUUGUUAUUUAUCACAUUAUUAAGGUUCUUAUUUUGAAUGUGUUGGUAAGCAAGUUUUUAUUGCAUUUCUUUUCGUACAGUAUUAAUGUUACGAGCACGAAUCUCGCCACACUUGGCUAAGCAGUAUUCCUUGUUAUGGAUUUUGUUUAAUAAAUUUUCAUGCAAGUAC